CGCGCUCAGAAAAACGUGCUCAGCAACAAGUUGCUUUUUGUGCGAAGUUAACCCACAAAGUUCGCGACGUAGGAGGUCAAGAACUACUUGACCGGAACCAAUUCGAAAGAGUUGGUCCGUCCAUCUUCAAGUGGUCUUUGUGUUCGGUGAAACUUCGCAGCCUAGUUAGCUUAGCUUAGUUUACAAACAAAGAACAACGUGGUUCGACGCUUGAACAUCAAGUUGGAGCCUCCUAAAGUGUGCAAAAUGCGUGCUAGAAGGACGCCAGCCGCAAAGUUCGAGGCGGAACUUUGUGGCGCAAAAGCUCAGCAACGACAUCAACUCUCGACUGCUUGCAAAAUGCAAGUAAAAGUUGUUCUUCACAGACUAACAGGUUUCAGCAAAUAUCUUGGUCCUGACGCUCAACAGCUAAAGAGAGAAGUUCAACUUCCAAUCAAAAAGGAGGAGGGAGAGCUGCUAUACAUUAAAGAGGAGGAUGAUAUCAACGUGUCGACUGGUGAGCGCUUGAAUAGCGAGGAUGGUCUGAGUGAGGUCAGCAGAGGGACGGAGCCUCCAAACGGCAGCAGCAGCAGCUCAACAGGAUUGCAAACACACAUUUUCAUCGCAACAUCAAACAGAAAUGGUGCCAUGUCACGCUCACCGAACAAGGAUGAUCAUGGUCAUAAGAAAUCUCACCUAGAUGACAAAAUCUGCAAAUGCUCUGAGUGUGGGAAAACCUUUGCUAAUAACUAUACUUACCGUAUGCAUAUGAGGAGCCACACCAGUGAAAAACCUUUUUCCUGCUCAGUUUGUGGUCAAGGAUUCACUUCAAAGCAAAUCUUAAAAACACACUCAAGAACCCACACCGGAGAAAAACCUUUUCCCUGCUCAGUUUGUGGUCAAGGAUUCAGUUGUCAGAGUGCCUUAAAAGUACACACAAGAACCCACACUGGUGAAAAACCUUUUGCCUGCUCUGUUUGUGGUCAAGGAUUCACUUCAAAGCAAAUCUUAAAAACACACUCAAGAACCCACACCGGAGAAAAACCUUUUCCCUGCUCAGUUUGUGGUCAACGAUUUAUUCGUAAGAGUACCUUAAAAAUACACACAAGAGCCCACACUGGUGAAAAACCUUUUUCCUGCUCAGAUUGUGGAAAAGGAUUCACUGAGAAGGGCACCUUAAACAAACACACAAGAACCCACACCGGAGAAAAACCUUUUCCCUGCUCAGUUUGUGGUCAAGGAUUCAGUUGUCAGAGUGCCUUAAAAGUACACACAAGAACCCACACUGGUGAAAAACCUUUUGCCUGCUCUGUUUGUGGUCAAGGAUUUGCUUUAAAGGAAACCUUAAAAACACACGAAAGAACCCACACUGGAGAAAAACCUUUUUCCUGCUCAGUUUGUGGUCAACGAUUUAUUCGUAAGAGUACCUUAAAAGUACACACAAGAACCCACACUGGUGAAAAACCUUUUGCCUGCUCUGUUUGUGGUCAAGGAUUUGCUUUAAAGGAAACCUUAAAAACACACGAAAGAACCCACACUGGAGAAAAACCUUUUUCCUGCUCAGUUUGUGGUCAACGAUUUAUUCGUAAGAGUACCUUAAAAAUACACACAAGAGCCCACACUGGUGAAAAACCUUUUUCCUGCUCAGAUUGUGGAAAAGGAUUCACUGAGAAGGGCACCUUAAAAAUACACACAAGAACCCACACUGGUGAAAAACCUUUUUCCUGCUCAGUUUGUGGUCAAGGAUUCAGUUGUCAGAGUGCCUUAAAAGUACACACAAGGACCCACACCGGAGAAAAACCUUUUGCCUGCUCAGUUUGUGGUCAAGGAUUCUGUCAAAAGCAACACUUAAAAGAUCACGAAAAAACCCACACUGGAGAAAAACCUUUUUCCUGCUCAGUUUGUGGUCAACGAUUUAUUUGUAAGAGUGCCUUAAAAAUACACACAAGAGCCCACACUGGAGAAAAACCUUUUUCCUGCUCAGAUUGUGGAAAAAGAUUCACUGAGAAGGGCACCUUAAAAAUACACACAAGAACCCACACUGGUGAAAAACCUUUUUCCUGCUCAGUUUGUGGUCAAGGAUUCUCUCAAAAGCAAAACUUAAAUCGACACACAAGAACCCACACUGGUGAAAAACCUUUUUCCUGCUCUGUUUGUGGUCAAAGAUUCAGUGACAAGCUCCCCUUGAAACGACACACAAGAACCCACACUGGCGAAAAAAAAAAUUCCUGCUCAGUUUGUGGUCAAAAAUUCGCUUGCCAGGAACUGAUUAAAAGACAUGUGUGUAUUGGUGUGAAAAGCAGUGGCCAGUGACCGUUUUGCCUGUCAUCCAUGCUGCCUAGAUCAGAUUGUGCAUGCAGGUCAAUUGUAGUCUGUAGAGUUUCCUCAAAUCCUGUUGAGGAUUGGCAGUUUUGGUGCCUUACAUGUGCUUUGUCCAAUCCUUGUAUAAAGUGGAUACACACUAUUGCCAAAAGUAUUGGCUUACCUGAUUUAACCCUCAAGUUGAGUGGCAUUAUUUAUGCAAUACUCUCCCUCUUUCAAACUACACUUUUCACAGCUAAUAUUUGAAACAGUAUACC